UUUAUUCUUUCUCAUUACUUUCUAUUUUGUCAAAUGCAAUUUUCUUGGAUUACGUUUCCUUUUAUCAACUGUCCUUGUGCCCGUCAGAAAGUUGAGAAACAGCUAACAAAGAGAUAUUACCAUGUACGAAACGUGUGUCUCCGUGAUAAGGGAGCUUCAAGUUUAAUUUGUCGAUACAAGAAGGACGCUCGACCUCGUACUGUACGUCGUCCGUUUCGCAUCAGCUCCCUGUUAAAGAGGGAACUAGCUGACAUAUUGCAAAGAUAUGCGCUUCAAGAAAACAGAAUACUCAGUGAACAAAACUUUGGUCUGAUUUCUGUAGUUCGAGUAGAUGUAAGCCCUGACCUUAGAAAUGCGAAGGCUUUCAUAAGUGUUACUGGCAGUGAUACCCAGAGAACAGCCACCUAUCAGUGGUUGCAAGAAGAACGCAAGUCCAUAAAAUACGAGUUAUCUCAGCGGAUUCGAGAGAUAAGAUAUAUUCCAGAACUAAGUUUUGAGGAGUCGCAACUAGGAGAAACAAUGAGAACUUUGGAUAUAUUGGAUAGACUCUCUGAUGAUCCUAGCUUUGUCGGAAUGGAGAAAGCUUUUUGGGAAGAGGACCAAGAUAUUCCUUUGGAAUAAAUGUUUGUAAAGGAAGCAAUUUUUUGUGUUCAAAU